CAUUUUAUACCUGUGUUGUUCAAAUACUGUAUAAUCUUGCAUUUAUUCAAGCAAUUGCUCAAAUCAGUUAUAAUACAACACAGAAUCAAAGACUGGGUUGGAAAUUGUAUGCUAGCGAUGCACAAGGACAGAUGAAAAAUAUAGGGGUUAUAUUUGGUAUGGCAAUUGAUUAUUUAGAACACAGUGGUCUGUAUCUGAAUGAUGACGAUUUGGAUUCAUCUGUAAAAUCAAAAGAAUGGACUAUAGAAGAUUUAAAUGUUUCUGUGCAAAAUAUGUGUUUACCAUUUCUACGUAUUGCUGCACUUCUCCAGAGUCAUUUAUAUAAUAAAGAAUCGUUACAUAUUCAGGAUGAACAAGAAGAAUUUUACAAACUUUGCAGGUAUUUAAAUCUGAUAUCAUCAUCCUGCAGUGCAGCAGAAUUUUCUCCUUCACAAUGUCUAAAUUGGGCUACAGACAAGCCAGAAGACCUCAUCAAAACCUGGUGUCAAGAUUUUAUUAAUUUUGUCAACAAAUCUGUUGUUGCAGCAAGAAAUAUGCUGCAACGUCCAACAGUCUGGCAUCCACCAAGUCUUCUGCAACUUCCAGAGAAUUAUGAUCAGAUAUUUCAAUAUUAUCAUCGGAGAUCAUGUACUGUAUGUCAUAGUGUGCCAAAAGAUCCUUCGGUCUGUCUAGUUUGCGGGACAAUAGUUUGCCUUAGGGAUAAUUGUUGUCAUAAGCAAUCAGUAUAUGAAGCAGUUAGUCAUUCUGUUGUUUGUGGUGCUGGUACUGCUAUGUUUCUAGCAGUCAACUCGUCUACUAUAAUUGUUAUCCGGGGAAAGCGUGCAUGUCUAUGGGGUUCUGUGUAUCUAGACAGUUUCGGAGAAGAAGACAGAGAUUUAAAGCGUGGAAAACCACUCUUUUUAAGUAAAGAACGGUAUAGUCUUUUACAACAACAGUGGAUAAAUCACAGUUUUGACCAUACGAAUAAACGUUGGGUGUGGCAUAAAGAUAAUUUAUAAAAUAGUUUAUAAAUAAUUUUGUCAUUAAACUUCCAGCUGGGUUUGAAAGAAAGUAUAAAAGAUAAGUCAAAAAGCAAAUAUGGCUUAACAAUCUUGUACAGAUUUAAAUUGUUGCCAUAUUGUAAAGUUGCACAUAAUGUACAUUUAUGAUCAGUUUGUAUUUUUGGUAUUUGUUUGUACAUUGCUAAUUUUCACCACAUUAGAGAUAUGUAACAUUUAAUUUCUUCCAGUGUUAAAAAAAACCAUAUAAAUAUUUGUUCCACCAAAGUUAUUUGAUUUUAUGAAUAUAUAGUAGUAGUUUUUUAAAAAAUGUAACAUAUGGAUUUUAUAAUUUUAAUAACAUUUGACAGUAUAAUAACUAUAUAUAAAAGAUUUCUAGUAAAAUUUGCAUGUUACGGUUUUCUAUUUUUAGUAAAAUUCCCUUUCCUCUUCUCCCAUUACAAACCAACAUAUGGUGCACUCAAAUAUGGUAUGAUACCUGUAAUUUAUUAUGGGAUGUUAAAUUGCUAGAGAACUUUUUGAAAUAUCUGACUUGAGUCAACAUAUUGACUUUCUCAUUGUGAAUAAUAAAUUAUAUUAAUAUAGGAAUGAUGUAAAAUAUUCUGUAAAAUAAAAAUUAUCAAACAAUACUUUAAAUAUUUUUGGUAGUAAAAGUUACUGUCUGUAGUAUUAUCAACGCAUUUUAAUUUUUGUCAAAUUACAAUAAUUUGUUGUUAGAAAAUAAUGUAUCUAAAAAAAAUUUCAAAUACUGUACAUGUACUACCACUCAAGACACAUAAAUUGGGGUCACAUUGUAAUUCAAUCAAGUACUCAUUAAGAGUUGCUUUAUUUUCCUCAUUUACAAGACAAAACAUUUGAUACAACCAACAUUGUCCAAGAUUGAAAUUUGUGCAUUCCAAUUCGAGGAUUUAUAGGUUCUAGUCUGUUUUCUUUGUUUUAUUCACUCGGUACUAUCCUUAGCAAAUGAAGACAAUUUGUUCUAGUGUGGUUGCACAGUUCAGUGAACUUUCUCUACAUAACAAACCCUUCUAUUGGUGAUAACUAAGUAAUAUGAUAACAGUUAAAUUUUACUGUAUAACAAUUUUAUCAGAUAUUUGUUUUCUUUUCUUUAUUUAAAGUAUUUGUGUUUUUCAUUUUGUAUCCAUUUUUAUCAGUGGAUAACAUAACUGUUUCAUUUUAUUUAUAUAACAUUAGUGUUUCAAUACACCUAUUUACAAUUGUUAGUUGGAUAAGGUAAUUGAGAAGUGAGUAACACUGAAAUGAAGUACAUAUUUCAGUCAUGGGUUAUGUUUAUAAAUCAGGGUUACACUAAAAUUUUUAAAGUAAUAUAGCAACACUAUAUAAUUCAAUUACAAGAAUACAAAUAUUGUAUUCUUACACACAAAUAUACUUUAUGUAAAAAUGGGUAAAGAUUUUUAGCUUAAAUAUGCUAAAAUAUCAUAUUUAAAAUACCCUUUUAAUGCUCAAAAGAAAUAUUUAGCAGUCCAAAUGCAACCAAAUCUGGCAUGGUAAUAUUUCUGAACAUGCAUAUUUCCAUAAAAAAAAGUGGUAAAUUUUGGUAGAUUCUAUGUCAUUUUUGGUGCUGCAAACAACAAAAAUUUUAAACAAUGCAAUAGGUAUUGCUCACUGUCCCCAUUUCAAAGGUGUAAAACCAGAUUGUCUUCUGGUUUUACAUUUCUGGAAUGGGGAAUACACCUUUCUUCUAACUUUAUUCACAGAGGAUCAUUUAAUAGCGAGGUUGAGGCCGAAGUUUUAAACGCGAAAACUUGUACAUCGGGCAUUCAGCACUGUUUUCCUGUUUGCCUUACAGGAAAACAGUGCUAAAUGCCCGAUGUACACGUUUUCGCUUCCCGAUGUGCCAGGAACACAUAUGCGUAAAAUUGUGUGGCAGAAAACUGAAUCAGAAAUCAGCUUUCAGUUCAGUUUCUGUUUUACACUUUUAUGCCAGAACACACAUACGUAAAAAUUCUGGCCGAAUAGGAAACGCCACUGCCACUAACAGUGCUAAUUUUAUUAAUUUUUUCCUCUCACAGAGGCUAUCUAUCCCUUUGUAUAGUACCUUCCAUUUUUUCUCCACUUCCUCUGCUAUAAUAUAGAAAAUUUAAAUUAAUAGACUUGUAUUCCGAAUUCAAAUAAAGAACGUGUGAUCUAAAUACUAGGCCUAUAUAUCGAUUCUACUAGACUUACCUGUUAUUUGAAAUUUAACACCUGUAGCCAUCCAUAAACGUUGUUUAAAUACAGUGUCUUUAUACAUGAUACUGAUGUGGUCAAACGAAUUCAAUAAACUCCUCUAUUUUUCCAGACCGUCACAAUUGUAGGAUAAACCCUCAUUGCCGCCAUUGUUAGAAUAAAAACCACGUGUCUACUUUGACGUCACUGGAAAGACUUCUCUUUAUUGGAGGAAUUUUGGCGUAAAAAUUUUUCGGCGUAAAAAGUAGAGACAUGCUCUACUUUAUUUUCAGUUCUGUUUCAGCCAAAAUUUCAGAAAAAUUUUUACGCUUUCUGUUUUAUGCUAGAUUUUACGCCGAAUUUUACGCAUAUGUGUUCCUGGCCU